GCCUUUCUUACGGAGUUCUGGAAAAAUGACGAGACAGGAAGAGUUGUUUGAGCUCCUUGAGAAGAGCCAUCAGUUGUUUGGCUUGAGUCGACGUCAACGAAGCUUUGGCAAUCGGAGUCAAGGUGGGAGUUGAUCUUGGUUUCUUUCACGAACUUUUCGCAAAUUGGACAUUUGACCAUAAUUGAAAAUGCCCCACAGCCCUGCCCGGGUAAUUCACAGGCUUCCCAUGCUAUCCAAGCGUCAGCUCAAAUAAUGAUAUAUUUGAGCUUGAUACCUUUUGUCCUUGUUGAUAUUGUGUGUAGGCUUGCUAGUUGCUUGCUUUCGUAAGGGCCUGUGUUCGAAUGUUUAACCCCUUGGUGGGCAAUGUUCUCUGCACCUGCACGCCACUCCAUACAUUCACUCCAAAACAUAGGUUGCUCACAGUCCUCCCCAAUCUCCAGAGCAGCAAUUCGAGGGAUGUCUUCAGCCGAAGCACGGCAGGAUCCUUUUCGCCCAGCGAACCGGGUUGCAGGACAGAGACAAGAUGUCUGGUCAAUUGUCAAUGAAGCUGCGGCUGCGUCACCAGUUCAACCCAUUGUAAAUAUGGGUCAAGGGUUUUUUGGUUAUAAUCCCCCCAAGUUUGUCAUCGAUGCAGCAAAAGAUGCCCUGGACAAGGUCGAAUGCAAUCAAUAUGCGCCCACAAAGGGUGUUCCACGGCUCAGGAAAGCCAUUGCUGCUGCAUAUUCUCCUUUCUUUGGUCGAGAACUCAACCCUGACACAGAAGUGACAAUCACUACCGGCGCCAAUGAGGGCAUGUUGAGCGCCUUCAUGGGAUUUAUUGAAGAAGGAGAUGAAGUGAUUAUUUUUGAGCCGUUCUUCGAUCAAUAUAUAAGCAAUAUUGAGAUGCCCGGAGGGACAAUAAGAUAUGUUCCUCUACACCCUCCCAAAGAUGGAGCAUCGAGGACUUCUUCGGCUGCGGAAUGGACAAUAGAUUUCGAUGAACUCGAAAGAACUAUCAACUCCAAAACGAGAAUGAUUGUUCUUAACACUCCCCAUAACCCAGUCGGUAAAGUCUUUUCGCGCGCGGAGCUUGAAAAAGUAGCUGCGCUCUGUGUUAAGCACAACAUCAUAAUACUCUCUGAUGAAGUUUAUGAUCGCCUUUACUACGUCCCAUUUACGCGCAUGGCCACCUUGUCUCCCGAGGUCGCCGCGCUCACGCUGACAGUCGGGUCGGCAGGAAAGAAUUUCUACGCAACCGGCUGGAGAGUAGGCUACUUAAUUGGUCCCGAGCAUCUUAUAAAAUAUGUUUCAGCAGCACAUACUAGGAUUUGUUAUAGUAGUGUUGCACCAUUGCAAGCAGCCGCAGCCGUUGGUUUUGAGAAAGCAGACGAAGUUGGAUUCUGGGACAAAAGUAGAGCAGAAAUGAGAGCAAAAAUGGACAAGUUCUGCGAAGUGUUUGAUGAGCUUGGUAUUCCUUAUUCUGACCCGGAGGGGGGCUAUUUUGUCCUUGUAAACAUGGCUGCCGUCAAGCUUCCGGAAAAUUACCCGUUUCCUCCACAUGUUGCAAACCGCCCCCGCGAUUUCAAACUGUCCUGGUUCCUUAUUCAAGAGGUUGGGGUUGCGGCUAUCCCACCGACAGAAUUCUAUACGGACACCAACGCCCAUAUCGCUGAGGAUUAUCUGAGAUUUGCUGUGUGCAAAAAUGAUGACGUUUUGGAGACUGCAAAGGAGCGUUUACGUGGACUUAAGAAGUACAUCAUCCGUUCAUGAUUUCGGAUAGAAAUUAUUUUCGGGAUCUAUGUAGUCGUGGGACUUGAGAAUUUUGAGAAACUUAAAUCUACAAGCGAUUCUAACAACAUCUCGGUAUAUUUUUUAAAUAGCUAGUUAUAUAGAAUAUUUGUCUAGACAGGUGACUUCUUACAGAAGAUACCUUAGCAUUUUUAACCUGAUUACCUGUGGCUCUCUUACUUCAAAUUCUUGCCUCUUCGACCCUAUUUCUUCUCCCUGAUGCUUUCUUU